UGAAGCAAACAGCCAAUCAGAGGAGCGGUUCUACCGUCAUGCGCUGCGUGCACCCGCAUCUCCACUGCACAGACACAGCAGCAGAAAAAAGCAUUUUACAUACCAAGAUUUCGUGAAUGGAUUGAUCGGUGGAUGAUUUAAAUGCACAGUCGCCGUUUUGUGAAGAGGAUGUGGAUUUUCACUCAAGGUUGGACAAUCAACAGGAACACCAUGGACUUUGGAAUUAUUAGCCUAAUGCCCUGACCAUGCGCUCACAGCAAAGUUUCAUGUCAUUUCUGAAUAAAGACGAAGCUGUACCCAGCAAAGACCACGAUCGUCUUUGCUGUCGGAAAUGCCGCUUUUCAACAAAAGACAUCGGUCUGUUCCGUAGACACGUGGCUCAUCAUAACGAGGUGACGUUCUCCUGUGCGCUCUGCAGCCAUGUUUCCUUUUCCAAAACAGAGUCUCAGAAACACGUCGUCUCACAUACUGGCUCGUACCCAUAUAGAUGUAGCUUCUGCUCGUAUGGAGCCGUGCGAAGAGAUUACAUGGUGAAGCAUAUUAAUCGUUUACACAAGGGGCUUAAGGAAAAAGACUUCAUAACAAAUUUCGAUAUAACCAUCCCAACCGGAGAACUCCCAUCUGUCACUGACAUUCAAAGAACAUCCGGUUGGCCUGAAAUGACAGAGCAUUGUAUGAAUCCCAGCACAGCUGCUCUACCUAAAGGAAACGCACAGGUCGGAUACCCUGGUGGAACUCAGCCUAGGACCAGUACGUCAUCUGCUAUUGCCAAAACUAACAGUAGAGAUGCACGCUUGACUUGCUAUACGACAACACAGUGCGUCACUAACGCCACACCUGGCGUUCCUGUUGCUAAGAUGAAGUUUAGAGGUGCUGUUCCCAGCUGUGCUCCCAAUAUAAGUCACUCAAUAGGCAACCAUCAAGUGCAAGUGGUUCUAAGAUCAGGGCAAGAAAAUGGAAAUCUAUCAGGUUCUUUGGUCAGCGGAAAUUGUCAAAGUAAGGUGGGUAAUAGUAAACCAGAAAAGCCCAUUCAGAAAGCAGCAUUUAAAGGAGUCCCUGCUGGUUUUACAGAACCACCUUUGAGAAGCCAAAGGAGUGGUGUUCCAGAAAAGCCAAUCCAUUCCAAAAUUGUUCCCAAAGUCCAGGUCAGACUGCCUGUUGAAAUGAACAGCCCACUCAGGCCUCUUCUCAAUAUGACAGCAGGGGCAUUAUCCCAGAAAAAUGUUGCAGUUCAGAGCAUCCAAACCAAUCCGAUGGUUGGUCAGUCCUUGCCCGCAAUAAACAAUUUGACACCACAGAAAAUGACUGCGGUGCUUUCUAACAGUCCAAUAACACAUUCUGAAAGACAUCUGCUGGUUUCCACGCAGAAAGAACAAACUACAGAAAAGAGCCACCAGCCAAAGACAAAUCCUAGAAUUUUCAUAGGGUCCUCAACGGAGAAUGCAAGUUCACUGUCUAGUGUCCAAGUGGAACUGUUAGCUCCUUUAAAUCAGCCCAUUCAGCACAACAAGCCUUUGACUGUGUCUUGUCCAGAGGAGAUAAAUAUUCCUGCUGGCUGUUUGGUUGAGUUGGUUGAGGUGAAAAAUGUCAAUGGAACUCGGGAACUGGAGCUGCGGCUAAUACCAUCUAAUGGAAUUCCACAAGACCCGAAGGACACUGUGGAGAGUCCUUCACCAGUCGCCACUGCAAACAAACUGUCAUUCAAAUGUCAAGUUGCCCCUGAGUCUACAGCUGGUCCAUCUAAGUCUUGUCCUAAGGAAAAAACGCAGCCACCUUUAGCAUGCACUGACUUUCAAACUAUCAAAAAAACUCUUCAUCCAGUACACAAACCAAAGUGUUCUUCAGUUCAAACCACGAACAAGCAGAAGCCGAAAAGCAACGGCCCACCUUUCAAACCCCCAGUGGCAGCUGGUGAGGGUACAGAAUUGAGUUCUGAAGGUCUUCCUGUAAUCUCAUCAGUUUUCUCUCUCUGUCCCACACCUACAUCAACUCGAAGUGUCUCUCAAUUCGAGGCAGAAUUUCAUGACAGCACCUUGAAAACAAAUCUGCAACUAAUCAAACUACAGGGACAGUUGAAAAUAGUUUCAGGUGCUGAUUGUAAGAUGGCAGUGACAAAAAAGUUAAAAGAAAACAUGCCCAGCACAGAAAAGUCAGUGGUCUGUAGUCUUAGGAUUAAAAAGGAGGCAGAAACCGAAGAGAAACACAAAGUUGACGAUUUGGAGCCAAAGGUUGAAAUUCUUGAAGACACCGCCACAACUGAGGCUUGUGGUGGUCAAGAGAAAACUGUGCCUGGAAGAAAACCCAACACGCUUAAGAAAUCUUCUAAUCUUAACACAAGUGAUUUGACAGAAAAUACAAAAAGCCCUUUGAAAGUGGCUAUGACAUCCAACAUAGACGACAUUUCAGACAAAGACAAGGGAGAUUCUCCAUCGCCGUCUGGAAGCGACCCCGAUAGACGUAUUUGCCGUGGCUCCCUCAUGUAUCCCAAAGUAACUUUGCAAAGGAUUCCGAGUUCACUCCUAGAAUCCACCAAGAAGGUGCCAAACGCACCAACACGGGAGGAGAGUUUGACGGCACGGCCUGUUCUCUACUGCACGUUAAGCAACCAGAACGUGUCCGGAGGCCAUGAAGGAGCUAUCAAGCUGAUUUUAAAGAGAGACUUCCAUGAUAGUCAAGACCAAAACCACCAUGCACCUCCUCGUAAAAAACACAAGAAGGAUAAAAUGAAAAAACGCAAGCCACCACCGGUUGUGAUGGACUUUCAAAAUGUUUUGCCUAAAGGUCAUGAACUGAGGUUAACACCUCUGAAUGAGGACCAGCUUGUCAAGUUUCCUGGUCCUAACCAACCUGUUGUGGUUCUAAAUCAUCCAAAUCCUUUAGUUCACAUGGUCAGCGUCGGUGUCCAAACCCUGAAAAACUAUAAGUACAUACAUCCGGUCCAUCGCAUGCAGGAACAGACGGAGGUUUCAGUUAGCAAACAGCCUUCAUUCAAGAUGAAACUCAAAAAGGUACACGGACAAAAGUACCAGGUAAUAGAAUUGGUUCUCAGAGGAGUCUCUGAAAAACUGCUCUAGUAUUGUCGACCAAGUAUAUAUCGCUGCAGCCCGGAGACUGCAGGUAGGAGGACCUUAUGCCACAAAUGGGAGGAGCUUAUGCCGCAAGUAGGAGGGAUUUCAGAAAUGUACAAGUAGGAGGAGUUUACGCUUCAAAUGGGACGGUGGUGAAUCCUCUGGAAGUUUGUACAGCCCACUUGCGGCUAAAGCUCCACCCACUUGCUGCUAACCCACCCAUUUGCAGCUGGCUCCGACCUCCGUUUAUACCCCUUUCUUGUCGACUGCUGUUUCAUACUUGUACAUAUUUGUGUUUAAUAAAAGAGCCGUUUUAAAGGGUACAUGUAUGGCUUAAUAGAUUAACAUUGGCUAUAUGAAAGUUAAGUUAAAAACAGGACACAUUUCAGCGUCAUAAACUUUUCAUUUGGAAACUGCCAUUUUGUUGACAUCACAAUUCAUAGUCGAGGUACCCUUUAAAACCUCUUUUCUAUGUUUGAGAUGUUUAACUUGUGUCACUGAAGUUUCUUAUUUUCUUUCCCUGAUGACAAUAAAAAAAAAACAAACGUAUUAAUAUAUUAUCUUACAAAAAAUCGGAGCAAAUCAAAAUUCAUUCAUUUAGAAUUCAAGUGUUUUUGGUCUUUAGGCUAAUUCCGAUUUGCAGACAAUGUGUAGCAUCAUUUCCAGUUCUUGCAUUAUAUUAUUGAUUGUGUUUUACAACCUCAUAGACUGUCAUGAAAUCUGUGCCAAUAUAUAUUCAUACUCCGUGCAGAACUAUAGACCAGUAAUGAAGAGAUUUUAAACAUCGUGCCAAUGCAGUUGUCUAUUUAUAAGAUUAUAUGUAUCCAUUUAUCAUAAUUGUACAGCGUCUUUUCAUACCACUAAUUUGUUCAUGUACUCUUGAAUCUGUUCUGCCCGGUUUUGAUAUGUGCUGACAGAUUGACGUUCAGAGUCCAUAAAUAUAUUUCUGCACAUUGCUUGUUAAAGCUUUUGUGUCUUGUGAAUGUUAAAUGUUAUCUGAUGUUGUUUUUCCUGAGCUGUGUAUAUUAAAUCACUGUUUCACCAUC